AAUAAUAGUUUAAAAUUGUAAUUUAAGUAUAAUUUAGAGAUAUAUUUUGUCCAGAAACCUAAGAACCAAACAAGAAUUAAGUGUAAAUUGUAAUGUUAUGGCUUGGUUUAGGUUUUUUUGAUUAUGUGUGGUCAAAUAGCUCCGGAAACAGAAAAUUUAUGUGUUUGUGCUUUGUUUCUAAAUAAAAGGAAAUACUGUGGUGACAGACAUGACAUUUUUCGGUGCUUUCCAGGCUAUGUUCAAUAAAAUGACCAGCAACAGCACGGCACAAAAUGGUGCGCCGGAAGCUCCGCCCCCCGCCAAAGGGGCUAAAGGUGGCUCUAUAGAAAAAAUAUACCAGAAGAAAACACAAUUGGAGCAUAUCCUCCUACGUCCAGAUACAUAUAUCGGGUCUGUUGAGCGGACUACCGAGUUGAUGUGGGUUUUUGACAAAUCCAAGGAGUGUAUGGUUCAAAGGGAAUUAAAUUUUGUGCCAGGAUUAUACAAAAUAUAUGAUGAAAUCUUAGUCAAUGCGGCUGAUAACAAACAAAGGGAUCCUAAAAUGGAUGUUAUAAAAAUUGACAUAAAUCAAGAACAGAACACAAUUUCUGUCUAUAACAAUGGCUGCGGUAUUCCAGUAGUUAUGCACAAAGAAGAGAAAAUGUAUGUACCUACUAUGAUUUUUGGACAUUUAUUGACAUCAUCAAACUACAAUGAUGAAGAAGAAAAAGUGACAGGAGGCAGAAAUGGAUAUGGUGCAAAACUGUGUAACAUAUUUUCUACCAAGUUUACCGUAGAAACUGCAUCGAAACAAUACAAGAAACAUUUCAAACAAACGUGGGGUUCUAAUAUGACUAAAGCUUCUGAACCUAAAAUUAAAGAACCUGGUAAAGAUGACGAUUUUACAAAAGUAAUAUUUAGUCCUGACUUGGCUAAGUUUAAGAUGGAAAAACUAGAAGAUGACAUUGUAGCUCUGAUGUCCCGAAGAGCUUACGACAUCGCCAUGUCAACACAAGGCGUCAAGGUGUACCUUAAUGGUGAAAGAUUAAAAAUAAAUAAGUUUAAGGAUUAUGUAGAUUUAUACAUAAAAGGCAAAGAAGACGAAAAUGGACAACCAUUGAAAGUAGUUUACGAGAAAGUAAAUGACCGUUGGGAACUGGCAUUAACACUCUCUGACAGAGGUUUCCAACAGGUAUCAUUUGUGAACUCCAUCGCAACCACAAAGGGUGGUAAACAUGUUGACACUGUCUCUGACAGCAUAGUUAAGAACGUUCUAGAAAUAAUCAAGAAGAAAAAUAAGGGUGGAGUUAAUAUAAAACCAGUGCAAGUAAAAAAUCACAUGUGGUUGUUCAUCAACUGUCUGAUUGUAAACCCAACCUUUGAUUCACAAACAAAAGAGUACAUGACCCUACAAGCAAAGAGUUUUGGUUCAAAGUGUAAUUACUCAGAGAAAUUCAUGACGGCAGUGUCAAAGUCUGGUUUAGUGGAGUCUGUAUUGACCUGGGCUAAGUUCAAGGCUCAAACUGAGCUGGUGAAGGCAUCAGGCAAGAAGCAGAGCAAACUGAAGGGCAUACCGAAGUUGGAAGAUGCUAACGACGCUGGUACAAAGAAUGCACAUUUGUGUACGCUGAUCCUUACUGAGGGAGACUCAGCUAAGUCAUUGGCUGUGUCUGGACUUGGUGUGGUAGGUCGCGAUCACUACGGCGUCUUCCCAUUGAAGGGUAAGCCUCUCAACGUAAGAGAUGCUUCCCACAAACAGGUCUUAGAGAAUGUUGAAAUAAACAACAUGAUCAAGAUCCUUGGACUCCAAUACAAAAAGAAGUACAACACAGUUGAUGAUUUAAAAUCAUUGAGAUACGGUAAAGUGAUGAUCAUGGCUGAUCAGGAUCAGGACGGAUCUCACAUUAAAGGUUUGAUUAUCAAUUUCAUACAUCACAAUUGGCCAGAAUUAUUGAAGCUGCCAUUUUUAGAGGAAUUUAUUACUCCAAUUGUAAAAGCUACUAAGAAAGACAAGGAACUAUCAUUUUACUCGCUGCCUGAAUUUGAGGAAUGGAAGAACAAUACGGAAAACCAUCACACAUACAAUAUCAAAUACUACAAAGGUUUGGGUACCUCCACAUCUAAGGAGGCUAAAGAAUACUUUCAGAAUAUGGAACGUCACAGGAUUCGGUUCAAGUAUGCUGGACCGACCGAUGACCACCACAUAGAAUUAGCAUUCUCAAAGAAGGGUGCUGAUCAACGCAAAGAGUGGCUUACCAGCCACAUGGACGAAGUGAAACGCAGGAAAGAAAUUGGUCUUCCAGAGAGAUAUUUAUAUACAAAAGAUACUAAAGCGGUUUCGUAUUCAGAUUUUGUUAAUUUGGAGCUGGUUCUCUUCUCUAAUGGUGAUAAUGUUAGGUCAAUACCUUCCAUGGUAGAUGGUUUAAAACCCGGUCAACGUAAGGUUAUCUUCACUUGCAUAAAGAGGAACGACAAACGAGAGGUGAAAGUGGCGCAACUGGCUGGUUCCGUUGCAGAACACUCGGCUUACCAUCACGGUGAACAAUCCCUAGCGAUGACGAUAGUGAACUUGGCGCAGAACUAUGUGGGCUCCAACAACAUCAACCUGCUGGAGCCGCGCGGUCAGUUCGGUACGCGGCUGUGCGGCGGCAAGGACUCCGCCAGCCCGCGGUACAUCUUCACGCUCAUGUCGCCGCUCACCCGCCUCGUCUUCCAUCCGCAUGACGAUCCGCUGCUAGUCCACGACUUCGAAGAUAACCAGAAGAUUGAGCCGAUCCAGUACAUCCCGAUCUUACCCAUGGUGCUGGUGAACGGAGCUGAAGGUAUCGGCACGGGAUGGUCUACCAAGAUACCCAACUACAACCCCAGGGAUAUUGUUGAGAAUAUUCGGCGAAUGUUAGACGGCGAAGAACCAAAACCCAUGCACCCAUGGUACAAAAACUUCCGCGGCACAAUCGAAGGUUUUGGCGACAAAUACGUCAUAUCCGGCGAGGCCGCCAUCUUGCCCGGCGAGAAGAUAGAAAUCACUGAACUUCCGAUCGGCAUGUGGACUCAGAAUUAUAAGGAAAAUGUUCUCGAGCCUUUGUUGGGGAAUGACAAAGUGAAGCCUGUUAUAUCGGAGUAUAGGGAAUACAACACAGACACAACAGUUCGGUUUGUAGUAAGCCUGCUCCCCGGUAAGUUAGCAGAGGUGGAGGCAGAGGGAGUACACAAGGUGUUCAAGCUGCAGACCACCAUCUCGCUUACUUGCAUGAACGCCUUCGAUCAUAACUGCUGUCUUAAGAAAUACGACAAAGUAGAAGAAAUCCUUCGCGAUUUCUACGAGCUCCGGCUGAAAUACUACGCGCGACGGAAAGAGUAUCGCGAGGGACAGCUGCAGGCCGAAGCCGACAAGCUGUCCAACCAGGCCAGGUUCAUACUAGAGAAGUGUGACAAAGGACUCGUUGUGGAGAACAAGAAGCGAAAGGUUAUGGUGGAAGAGCUUAUGAAGAGAGGCUACGCUCCGGACCCGAUCUCGGAAUGGAAGAAGCGAGCCAGCAAGAUGCAGGGACUGACGGCAUUAGACGAUGAACCCGUCGAGUCCGAGGACGAACCAGAACCUGAACCCGAGAAGGGGAAACCUGUUGAUCCUGAGAAAGCAUUCCAAAACCUGAAAGAAGUAAAGAAGUUCAACUACCUGCUGGGCAUGUCCAUGUGGAUGCUGACCAAAGAGAAGAAGGAUGAACUGCUCAAGCAACGAGACCAGAAACUCUCUGAACUUAAUGCACUCAAGGCUAAAACAGCAGCGACGUUAUGGCAGGAAGAUUUAGACGAGUUCUUAGUGAGACUGGAAGAAGUCGAAGAGAAGGAACGACAGGAGGAAUCUUCUGUUAACAAGAAGACUGCUAAAUUCGCCAUGGAAAGGAUAAAGAACGCAAACAAGAAGAACCGCAAAUCCCUGAUGGAUGUCGCUCCGGCAGAGAACGGCAGACGCGUGGAGCCCAAGAUAUCUGAGGACCUCAUCAAGAGGAUCCAGGCCGCUGAGAAGGCCAAGACUAGGAAAGAAAUUAAGAAGGAAUAUGAUCCUGAUGAUCCAACAGGCAUCAGUCCAAUAAGUGCGGAGAAGAAGCCGAAAGCCACUCGAGUGAAGAAGGAAAAGGCUGAAAAACCGGAGAAGGAGAAGGUAGACAAGGCUGGUGGCGAUGGACUGAAGCAAACCAAACUUGGAUUUAAGAAAGAAACUAAGAAGAAGCGCAUGACGUUCAGCGGCAGCAGCUCUGGCGGGUCGGGCUCGGAGGCGGAGGAGCCCGCGCCGCCGCCCAGGGAGCGGGCCAACGCACGACGCGCUGCUACUAAGGUUCAAAAGUACAAAGACGGGUCAGACGACUCAGACUCAGGGUCAGAAGUGGAGUUGUUAGACAACAAGAUGGAGUCUGACAACGAAGCGCCGCGUGCUCUGUCCGUCAGCGACGAUGACGAUGACUUCGCUAUUAAGAAGAAUAAUAAGAAUAAGAAACCUGCCGAAAUGGAUUCAGACGUUUUCGACCCUAUUGUUGAAGAGCAAAAAACUGAAGAAAAAGAGGCGUACGAAGAGGACUGUCUCUUCGACUCACUAAUCGAGGAGACUAAAAAUGAGGAAAAAGUGAAGAACAACGGUGCAGCCGACCUCACGGUUCUCUCAAGCGACGAGGAAGAAGUGGUUCCUCCUUCUCCGCCGAAGAAGAAAGCUGGACCUAAGAGGAAACUCCUCAAUGAUGACAAGAAACCCAAGAAGAGGCCUGCUAAAGAGAUGCUCAGUGACGACGAUGAUGACAGCAUAUUUGAUAGUAAAAAGGACCAAAAGAAGAAAGCGGCGCCAAAGAAGAAGCUAAAGAAGAAGGUGUCAGACUCGGAAUCAGACGCCGCCAGCGACACAGCAGCCCCGCGCGGGAACGCGAGGGCCAGGGCUGCCACCAAGUACACCUUCAGUGAUAGCGAUGACUAGCGACAUAUACAUACAGUAUUGAGGGGACAGCGAUUUGAAUCUACGCCGCAGCAUCGCUGCUGGUUGCGGCGCGAAACUUUAUUAUAAUUUAUACUUUAGGACUACGUGAACACGUUAUUUUUAUACCGGCCUACAGUCUGUGACUGAAAUACAACUUAGUAAGAGAACUUUAAACUACAAAGUUAUUUAUAAUUUAGAUCUAAUUAGCUAAAUUAAUAAUUAAUUAGCUAAGGUAAAGUAUCGUCUGGCACGUUCGCUCAAAGACACGAUAUUCGAAAUUUUACUGAUAGACCAUCGAGCAAAUUCUGUAACGUUUAGUUAAUUUUUUAUAUGAGAAAUUGUAAAUAGUCUUAGUGUAACCUUAUUCAUUUUCUUUGUAUUCUUCAAUUAUUAUUUCUUUCUUUAUUUCUCUUAUUUUUUAAUAUCUUGAUAAUUCAUUAUCAAAUUGUGUGUUUUCGUCAAUAAUUCUUUAAUGUUGUAUUCGUGAUUUUUUCCUUAAUAUUUUGAUAAUAUUGUGAACAAUAUGAUGAAUUUGGGUUACAUAGUUAAUUCCUUACUUUUACGUUACAAAUGUAAUUUCUCGAUAUAAUUUGUUAAUUAUAACAAUGUAAAUAAAUAAACAUUUGAAAA